ACUGUACUGAAAUUCAGUUGUCAAAACUUUUUUUUCUUUUAUUUCUUGGACCACAUGUUGGGAACCUCUGAGCUGACAAUGUUGGGCGGGAUCUGAACUUUGGCCUUCCUGAUCCCAGGUCUAGUUUUCUGUCUACCUCCUGCUUUAUGUAGUCCAGCCCGCCCCCCUCAUUUUGUAGGUGAGGGAGAUGAGGCCCAAGGUUAAACAAUUUGCCGAAGAUCACACAGGUAGUAUCCGGACUGGGUUUGAACUUGGGUCUGUCCAUCUCCCGAUCUAGGUUCUUUCUCUUCCACUGGAGAGUUAGAUUUCCAAGUUUAAGAUGCUGGAGAUAGGACAUGCAGACCCCGCCUCUCCUGCUGCCCAGCCCCGGUCCCUCUCUGUCUCCCAUGAGCUUUUCCUGGCUCUGUGGUCUGGGCGAGACCCUUGACCUCCCAAGGUCCUUGAAGUGAGGAUGGUUUGGUACACAAACUUCCUGACCUUUAGCCGUCUGGGGGCAGGGGCCCCAGAAUGGGGAGAACUUGGCUUGUUUACAUCUGAGGCCCUGAACCAUCUUCCUCUCUUUGGGGCCCUCCCCAAUCCCACAGGGACUCUUGGGGGUGAUUCAGCUCUUUUUAUCUCUCCAGCUCAGCGUAUUUGUGGCUUGGACACGGUCCAGCUAGUGUCAGAACACUACCACUCCCACCUCCCGAGCUCGAGGGCCAAGCGUCUUAGCCCCGCCAAGCGGAGGCAGUAUUUCAUCAACCAGGCGGUGAGAAACUCGGACCUCACGCCCAGGGCCAAGGGCCGGAAGAGGCUGCAGCAGAUGGAGAACAGCCACUAUUUGAUGACGCUUAUGGAGAGGGUUGAAUGCUCCCCUGAUGAUGGAGACCUGGCCCUCCCUGCUACUCCCAGCAUUUUUGCCAAAGCCUGCAGCAAUGAGACCUACAUUGAGAUCUGGAGCGAUUUUAUGAAUCGAUCUGGAGAGGAGCAGGAGCGGGUACUCCUGUAUCUGGAGGAGGAAGCUACGAAGAAGCAGAAAAGGAAAGUCCCUGCUAAGACUGAGGAUAAUCGGAAAGAUCCAUCUUACACACCCCAGGCGUGCUUCCAGAGGAUUAACCGUCGCCUUCGGACCACCCUGAAGCGGGGAAGAAUCCCCAUGGACACGCUGGAGGGUCUGGAAGGAAAACUCCUGCGGUUUUUCUCUGUCACUCCUCGAUCUGUCUACAUAGCCAUGAUGGAUAGCAGCUUUGAGCGACUCUUGCUUCAUGCGCUCUGCCAGUACAUGGACCUGGUCUCUGCCAGUUCCGACUUCGAGGGCAGACGGCAAAUGAAAGUCAGCAACAAACACACCAGCUUCUUGCCUCCGGAGCAGCUGCUGUCUGCCUACCUAGAGCAGAGGAGCUGAUGGCAUCCCUCCCUCUUCCCCGCCCUGGGGCCAGGAUACCCUGUCCUCUUACCGCCCUCUCCUGGGAGGUGGGAGAGGACUCGCCUACCCCAGGGCAGCACGGUCCCCAGAUCUGUUGAUUGUCAUUGUUAUUAUUAUUAUUUUUUUAAUCUACCUUGAAUUCUGCCUGGCCCAUUUUGCUUAGAUCUGGGGUUUGCUUCGGGUGUUUUAAUUUUCUUUUUUUUACAAGGUACUUAAAAAGUCCUGAUUUUUUUUUUUUGUGGAUUUCACCCCUGACCUGAAAGUCUCUCAUUCCUCUUCCCUGCCUCCUCCAAUCUAUUGGCCUUUUCCUUUGGAAAGAGGUCUGCCUGGGGUGCUUCCCCCCUUAGAUUCUUUGGGGUCUUCUGGAGGAAGCUCUGGACAUCCCCUCUACCCCAGGCCUGUAUCCCAAGCCCUGUGGAUGUUUACAAGCCCACUGUGCUGUGACCCUAGGGGUCUGGCUGGGGCUGGGGGUUGAGGGUUGUUCACUGAGCAGGGAAGACUUCAAGGAGUAAGCAGCCCUUCCCAGAUCGGUGGCAUCUGCCUCAGAGGGAGGUAGGCUGGCAGGCAGGGUUUUAUCAUUAUUAUAAUAUUUUUAAAAGAUUUUUUUUUUUGAGGAGGGAUUGGGGAGGGUGUAGGAGUUGGUUUGUUUUGGUCUUGGUAAAAGAAACCAAAUUUGAGUUAGAUUCUCCUUAGGAUCUAGCUCUCCUCAAAUGAUCAAUUUGUGUGGCUAGAGGUGUUUCCACUCCCCCCCCCCAGCCACUGAGCCAUCCCCCAGACCUGAGGGAAGAUGGCCAAUGUGUGACCAGCCGGGCUGGGGGUGUUUUUCAUUAUUGCCCAUACUAUGACCAUAGUUUUUCUAUAGUGUGUGUUAUAUGUAUCUGUGUGUGUGUGUGUGUUUGUCCCUGACGCCUCCUCCCUCCCCCCAUUCCCAACCCCCAGCAGGGCAGCUCCAUCCUCCAUCCCCUACAGAAUGAAUUUUUUAAAAACCCCAUGUUGUAACUCUGGGCCUGAAAGGUCCUGAGACUCUCCUUUUAGGGGGUGUGUGUUUGUUUUUUAAAUCGUCUGUGUGUUCCUGUGGUGCCUUUUUUUGCAGACUUACUUGUUAUCACUUGCAUGGCGGGUGAAGCUGCAGGGCCCCUGGCCUCCCCUCUUGCUCUCUGCCCUGGUCCUACAGGGGUCCUCUUGGGGAGCUGUUUGCCAGCCAGGGCCCCAGGACCCAGAGCUUGCUGAUCCUCGGCUGGGGGGCCCCCGGUCAGCAAUAGCCUUUCUUGCCCCCACUCUUCCGUUUGGGUCUCCCCUCCCCUCCCCUCUGAUCCCAGGCAUGGGAUAGCCAUAGGGGACAUGGGCUGGAGGGUUGAUGUCCCUGGCCUACCUCUGUUCUGGGUCUCACAGCCCAGGCAGGCCUUGAGAGCCACUGGUGGAGAAGGCAAGGGGGGCUGCUUGCUAGGCCUUGGCUAUUGCUUGGCUUUGGGGAAGGCGGGUAUAAUAAAUUCCUGGUGCUCUGUA